UUACGCCGCUAAAUUCUAACCAACAAUGAAUAGCAUCAAAACCGUGAUUGCGUGUUGCCUUCUGGUGGCCGUUUCCGCCGGUGUAGACCGAAGUAGAGGUGGACGAGGAUCCAACAGAUUCCUUCCUGGAGAUUUGGGUGGCGUCCACGGAGGCGGUCUCUUCGGCGGCGGCGGCGGUUUCCACGGUGGUAGUGGGAUUAUCGGAACUGGAAUCUCCAAUGGCCCAAGCCAAUGCAGGUAUUGGUGCAAGACUCCAGAAGGUCAAGCCUACUGCUGCGAGACGGUGCACGAACCAGAGACACCUGUUGGUACCAAGCCACUAGAUUGCCCACAAAUCCGUCCCACAUGCCCACGUUUCCAUGGGCCCCCCAGUACCUGUUCCAACGACUACAAGUGUGCUGGCCUCGAUAAGUGUUGCUUCGACAGGUGUUUGGGAGAACACGUAUGCAAACCUCCCUCAUUUUUCAAUAAUCAUCUCCCUUUUUAAAGGUAGUGAUGUCUAAUAAAAAGUAGUUUUCCGCUUGAUAACGGAAGAUAAGAGA